GGCGACUCGGGACCUCGGGUUUUGUUUCCUUCUCUGUGUCUUCUUUUUUCCAAAACCCUGGUCUACAAAAGUUAAAACGCCUUCCUCCCUCCUCUACUCUGUAAAGUAGUCUAACAACACACUGACAUCCAUUCUGAUUCAAUCCUACUAAAAUCACCACCGAAUCUCGGAGCUCACUAGAAUCCAACAACAACAGUUUUAGCUCAGAGUCGACGAGACACAUUUAGAUUUGGUUGAAGAUGCAGCGUGAUUGGUAUGACGAAGGGAGUAGCAAUUCCGUUUGGGGAUCGAGAUCUAAACGAUUCUACAGAUAUUUCUCAGACACGAUCUGGCAUCCACUAUUAUCCGCCGUCAUGACAGCAACUUCUAGAUCCUCUGUUCGACUACUCUUCUUCCUCAUAUUCAUCUUCGUCGGACUCUUGCUUUCCACUCGCUUGCUAGACGCUACCGGCUCCUCAAUAGCUGAAAAUCCCUCUCGGAAUUCAGUCCAAACUACCAAAACUGUGCACAUUGAACCUACCAUAACUCAAGUAAUUCCUUCAAAACCUCCCAAGAUAAUAGAGAUUCCACUGAAAUGCUCUUCAGGCAAUCUCACAAGAACAUGCCCAGCUGACUACUACCCAAAAACAUUCAAAAUACAAGAUCAAGAAUACAUAUCCGACCCACCACACGAGUGUCCAGAAUACUUUCGUUGGAUUCAUGAGGAUCUAAAGGCAUGGAAAGAGACUGGAAUCACAGAAGAUAUGGUGGAAAGGGCAAAAAGGACUGCAAAUUUUCGUCUAGUGAUAUCAAACGGAAGAGCAUACGUUGAAACAUAUCAGAAGUCAUUUCAAUCUAGAGAUGUUUUCACUCUUUGGGGGAUCCUGCAACUAUUACGAAAAUACCCUGGAAAGGUCCCGGAUUUGGACCUCAUGUUUGACUGCGUUGACUGGCCAGUCAUCUUGAAGAAGUACUAUCGUGGCCCUAAUGCAGUUGCUCCACCACCAUUGUUUCGUUACUGCAGUGAUGAUUCCACUCUGGACAUUGUUUUCCCAGAUUGGUCCUUUUGGGGGUGGCCGGAAAUUAAUAUAAAGCCAUGGGGAUCUUUGUUGAAAGAGCUAAAUGAAGGAAACACAAGGAGUAAAUGGAUAGAUAGGGAACCAUAUGCUUACUGGAAAGGUAAUCCAAUUGUUGCUGAAACCCGAAUGGAUCUUCUCAAAUGCAAUGUCUCUGAAAAACAGGACUGGAAUGCCCGGGUCUAUGCCCAGGAUUGGUUUAAAGAAUCACAGCAAGGUUUCAAGCAAUCAGAUUUGGCCAGCCAGUGUAUUCAUAGAUACAAGAUUUAUAUCGAGGGGUCCGCAUGGUCCGUGAGUGAUAAAUACAUUCUUGCUUGUGACUCAGUGACUUUUAUAGUGAAGCCACGUUACUAUGACUUUUUUACACGAGGUUUAAUGCCUGUUCACCAUUAUUGGCCUAUUAAAGAAAAUGACAAAUGUAGAUCCAUUAAGUUUGCAGUUGAUUGGGGCAACACACAUAAAAAAAAGGCACAAGAGAUAGGAAAAACAGCGAGUAGUUUUAUACAAGAGGAGUUGAAAAUGGAAAAGGUGUAUGACUACAUGUUCCAUCUUUUAACCGAAUACUCAAAGCUAUUAAAAUACAAGCCCACAAUACCUGAAAAAGCAGUUGAGCUUUGUUCAGAAGCAAUGGCUUGUGGUUCAAAGGGGUUUGAGAAGGAAUUCAUGAUGGAAUCCAUGGUCAAAGGCCCUUCUUCACAAGUGAGUCCAUGCACUAUGCCACCACCAUAUGAACCUCAAGCGUUAAAAUCUAUUCUUAGAAGAAAAGCCAACUCCAUAUUACAAGUUGAGAAAUGGGAAAAAGGGUAUUUUGAAAAUCAACAUAACAAACCCUAAUCCCCAACUCUCAUCCUUUAUUUUAUUUUGUAUGUAUAAUUGUAUUUUCCUCGAGUUAUAGUGGUAGAAAAGAGUGGAUUGUAGAGCAUGUUUUAGGGUUUUUAGUUUCCACGAUCUAUACGUAUGUAUCUUUAGUCAUAGGGUACAAAUUGAAAAGUUUAAACUCCAAUUCAUAGUAUCAAUAAAAUGUGUCUUU